UAUCGCUAUGUUUCGAAAGACAAUAUUGGCAUUUUUUCAUCGCUGUCCACGCUCUUAGCUCUGAUUGUUUUGAUUUUUAAUGGAGUCUGGCUUCGUUGACUGUCACUGUCAUAUAUCGGCCCGUGAGUUUGAACAGGACCUGGAGGAUGUGAUCCAGAGAACCACAGAGGCCGGGGUAAAGACUCUGGUUGCCGUUACAGAAGAAGUCAGAGAGUUUGCCAGAGUUCUCCAGCUGCAGGAGCGAUAUCCAGAUCUGGUGGCUCCAUGUUUUGGCAUCCAUCCGCUGCAGGGCGUCGGGGGCCCCGAGAAAUGCAGCGUGAAGCCUCAGGACCUGGAUGCUGCCCUGCCACAGUUCUACCAACACAGAGAACGCCUCGUCGCUGUUGGAGAGAUUGGUUUGGACUUCACGCCGUGGUGUGCGCCCACUCAGCAGGACAGAGACGACCAGAUGAACGUCUUCGUUACACAGCUCAACGUGGCCAAAGAGCUGGAUCUGCCCGUAAACGUCCACUCACGAUCAGCAGCUAAGAUCACCAUAGCAACCAUGAGAGAACAAGGUAUCAGUCGAGCUCUGCUUCAUAACUUUGCAGGGAAGCCGUCUGUAGCUCUGGAAGGCGUGAAGGCCGGUUACCUGUUCUCCUUUCCACCUGCUGUCUGCAGGAACCAACAGAGAGACAAACUGAUCCAGCAGAUCCCACUGGAACACAUCUGUCUCGAAACUGACUCUCCUGCACUGGGGCUCGACCAGCAUGUGAGAAAUGAGCCCUGUAACAUCGUCCUGUCCUGCCGUCACAUUGCUAACGUCAAAGGUCUGUCGCCGCAAACUGUUCAGCUCGUCACUGCACAAAAUGCUUACAGACUUUUCCCCAAGGCUAACAGGCGCUAACACCGACAAGCUGCACAAGUUUCUGAAAUGCAAGGUUUGGCCUGAGAGGGCGCCAAAGGACACUUAAACCUGCUUUACAGGCUGUGCUUUGUUAGCCUCAGCUGUGUUCUAGGCUUAAUACCAACUUUAGCAUGCUAACAAGAAUUUAGCCCAUCAUGUACAAUGUUGGUAGACGGCGUGUUAGCAUGCUAUGAUAGCAUCAAUGUACAGCUAGAGCUGGCAGGAAUUUAGUCCAUCAUUUUAGAGGUAUUUUGAUGAAAUGUUUAUUGCACAAGUGAAACGUUCCACCUGCGAGUGGCUCGAGAUGAAAAGUCAUGAAUUAAUAAGUCAUAAGUUAAUAAGGUGGAAACAAACACAAGCAAAUCUUCCAGGCGCAGAACAACACCUGAUGUGAGGAUCAGUGAAUGAUCGAGUGAGAUUAUGAUCCCAGAUGAAUGAGAUCAUUUGUAUUAUGGUCUGUUCUGUUCUAUGAUUAUGGAAAUCCAAUCCUGACAGCUGCGGUGUGUUCAGGUUCCAUGUGUAUGUCUUGUAUGAGCUUUUGGGGUCCUGUCAGGCUGCAGGUGUCUACACCAGGUGUGAUUUAUCUGAAAGAGAAGAAAAGCGGUUCAGACAAAACAUGGAGAUUUUCAAGCUUAAACCCAUUAAUUACAGCACACGUCACAUGUAUGAUUGUAUCCUACUUUAUUAGUGGCCAUUUUUUUAGGAAAAGGGAACAUACUGUUGGAGAUUCACAAAGAUUGGGAAGUCUUUUUUUUUUUUGCUUUAAUGCUGUGAGGCAUUCAGUUGCAUACAUAAAUUCAUGCGCUGCUUUAAAUUGUUGUAUUUGUUGCUGCAUUCAAAGAAGCACCGACAUCUGAGAAUUGGCAGCUGACAGAUAGUCAUCUGUCAAGGUUCUGGGUGUUAGUUUUGAUAUUUCCUGUGUUAUGAUUUUAUGAUUCUAUUGCUGUUUUUUUUAUUUGCCCUUUGCCUAUCUGAACCAUCCUGUUUAUUGCCUAUUUUGUUAAUCAAUCAUUUGAACUGCUUCCUUGUUGUUCCUUGUUACUCUGCAUGCAAGAAACAGCUAAAUUCUCAAUGUCCUUUCAAGAUUCUUCAGGAUAAGACGUGCUGUAGUCGCUAGUGUUGUAAUAUGUUUUAGUAAGUUUUUAGGGACGUUGGCUCUAGUUGGGAGCAGAAUUUCUGUGUUUAUGCUCACAUUGUUUGAACAAAUAUGCAAAACAACUAUAAGGGUUCAUUUGCAGGGUUGAGUGCUUAUUUUGCCCCAUAACCGUCUAUAUCAUGAAUAAUAAUCACACAACAGUAAUAUUUAUUUAUUAAGUCAUUUAUUAUUAAUAAAAGAUAAGAAGAUACUUGUA